AAUAUCGGUAUUUAUUAUUCGAUGACAGUAUUCUGGCUAUUUUGUGCAAGAUUAACAAUAAUUGAACAAUAGAACAAUUUAAAUAAUUAUUAAUAAACAUAAAGUAUAAAGUUAUCAGCUGUGGACAUUGCCCCUACGCCAAUUACAAACAACCACUUGAGUCCGAGGAGACAUCGACAAAAAUCGCACAAAACUUUGUCAACGAUGAGCAAUGCUGACGAGAUUAAAAUCGAUCAGCCCCCCCUAAAUUUCGAAAAAUGUCCAGAAAACGAUGAGGAACGCACCAAACGUUUGCUGAUAGAGGAAUUGAUUUCUCAGAGCGAUGACAAUUGCAUACCGCUGCCAGCGUUGCGUGAAUUAGCGCUGAGUAAUUACGGCCUAGUGAACGAUGACCUGCGACGGAUACUGUGGCCCCAGUUGGCCGGUGUGGAUGUGAGGAAUUUGGAUCGUGUGCCAACACUCGAUGAACUGCAGAGUCAUCCGGAAUAUAAUCAGGUUGUACUCGAUGUGAAUCGCUCGCUGAAACGCUUCCCACCAGGCAUUCCCUACGAACAACGUAUCGCGUUGCAGGAUCAACUGACAGUUUUGAUAUUGCGUGUGAUUAAGAAAUAUCCAAAUUUACGCUAUUAUCAGGGAUAUCAUGAUGUUGCUGUUACAUUUCUAUUGGUCGCUGGCGAAGAAGUUGCCUUUGCCAUCAUGGAGGAAUUGUCGACCACACAUUUCUCCGAGUGUAUGCAAGAAACAAUGGAGGCGACCCAGCGACGACUUAUGUUCAUUUGGCCGAUUGUCCACUUUGAGCAUUCAGAAUUGUUUCAGUUCCUGCAAAGUUCAUCGGUUGGCACACUUUUUGCAUUGCCCUGGUAUUUGACCUGGUUCGGGCACAGUUUGAAUUCCUACAAAUCCGUCGUGCGAUUAUACGAUUAUUUUCUGGCCUCGCCAAUAUAUACGCCAGUUUUUGUUACGGCGGCCAUCAUUUUGUAUAGAGCGAAAACAAUACUGCAGGAGGACUGUGAUAUGGCAUCAAUGCAUUGCCUACUAUCAGAGUUACCCGAUGAUUUGCCAUUUGAGGAUUUAUUGAUAACAUCCAGAAAAUUAUAUGACAAAUAUAGUCUGACCGUAAUCGAAAAGAAAGUUGAGGAACUUAUCAAAUUAGAGAAAGAGCAACGUAUAUUGGAGGAACGACGUCGCCAACUUGCCCGUUCAACAUCUGCCAAAUCUCACAACAAUAAUAAUAGCGUCAGCCGAUGGUUCUCAAAUGUUAUAACACCAAGAUCGGUUAUUAUGACGACAGCUGUUUCGCUUGUGGUUGGCAUCUGUGCGUAUUACUACAAGAAUCAGUAUUUAUCCGCCGGCAUUAGCUGAGUGUGUGAGCAUUUUCAUCCAACCAUCUAUUUUGUUCUCCGCUCGACACCAAUGUAUCUGCAUAAGUGCGGCUGUAUGUUUGCAGUUUGCCUUUAUUAAUUAGCUAAGCUAAAAUACAUGUCCAAAUCAACAUACCCAAAUUAAGAGAACAGUGUGGAAACCAAAAGCGAACUUACAUGAAAAAGAAAACUUUGUAUAAAAUAAUAAAAAAAAAAGAAAGAAAAGAAAAUAAAGUAAGUGGUUUGAAAUGGUAAAUAAUUAUAUGUUUAUGUUUUCAUUUAUUGUAUAUAUAUUCAGCGUAUUUUAAACUUGAAUUAUAUAAAUAGGCAAAUUCAAUAUAUACAUAACUUUGUUUACCUAAUUAUAUGUGCUUAUAUGUUUAAACAAUAAAGAAAUGUAAAAAAUAAACCUA